CAUUAUGUACUUGUCGUAGUUGUGUUGUGUUGAGUGUUCUAUAAAAUUAUAAAAUUAUAGGGCUUUUUCGAUUUAAUACCAUAGUAGUACCUAGGUAAAUUAUCGUACGAUAUGCUAGGUAUCUUGUCCAUGAAGUGGACUGGAGUUUAACCAAGACGUAAUUGAAUUAAUAUCAACAAUGGCCGUAGUUAAAACGCCUGUGCUCAAAGUGAUAUUAUGUGGUGAAUACGGUGUUGGUAAAAGUUCCUUGUUUCGACGUUUUAUCAAUAACACAUUUAUACCCAACUCAGAUAGACGAUCAACAUUGGGAUUAGAUCAUUUUGAAAAAGUAUAUCAAGUGGGAGACAAAGAUGUCAAGUUACAGUUAUGGGAUACCGGAGGCAUGGAACGAAUCGCUUCAGUUACAUCAAGCUAUUACAAGUUUGCUGAGGCAGCUAUCCUAGUUUUUUCUUUGGAUAAUUCUUCAUCCUUCCAUGUGUUAAGCCAGCAUUUGCUGGACAUCGUGACAUAUGCAGAGAAUGCCAAAAUAUUUUUAUGUGGAAACAAGUCUGAUUUAGAAGGUUCUGCACCGCAAGUGACUGAUGCUGAUAUUGAAUCUUUCUGUGAGCAAUGCCAUAAUCUCAUCAAUACUACAUACAAGACAUCUUGCAAAACUGGCAAAGGGGUUGAAGAGAUGUUUUCAGACAUUGCUUUACAACUGGUGGAGACCAAUAGGUCAAGGAUGGAACUGCAGACUUUGGAUCACAACAGCUUCAAAAUAUCCAACCCUGAUCCACCCGAGGAACCAUCAUGCAGCUGUUGAUAUCACCACUAAUAUCUAUUGAUACAAAGCUUAAGAAAAUUGAUUAUUUAUUACGAACAAACACCUGCUGAAACUUUUUACCAUUUGGCUUUAAGUUAUCUUAUUGUUUUUAUAUUCAUUCAGUAUUAAUUUGUGUCAAUCAGUAGUUAGUAGUCUUCACUAUUACAAGUUGUACCUAUAUUAAUGUGGACCUGUAUGACUUUGUUUGUAAUACAUAAUAAAGCUUUAAUUUUGUUAGGCCAGAUAUAUACAAUUUCUGUAUUUUGUUAUUUAUUUUAUCAUAUGGACCAAGAUGUGUUUGUUUUCUAAUAAUUACUAAUAAUAAAAAAAGAAAAUGUAACAAGGAUGACUGUUUUGUGUAGAUUUUUAUUUUUAUGGUGCUAAAUGGCUUUUUUUUAUAUAUUUAAGACUAAACACUAAUACAUGUUUGUUAUUUAACCUAGACAUAAGAUGUGGUAGUUGCUAGCUUUGUGUUUUCUGAUAAUAAAUAACACAUUGAUAUUUGUCGCAAAACAGUGUUUAUUUAACAAAAUAAUAUCACUUUCAAUCAGAGCUUAACAAUUACAUGAUAUACAUAAAAAUAGACAUGUGCAAUUUUUAUGAGACACAUCUCUCUACCU